AUGCUACUGAAACGUUCCAGUGCGGUGGUUCCUACGGUCAAGGCUUACGACAUGUCGAUGCUUUCGACAGACACGGCAACUGACUCGAGCCAGCCUACUGUUCAUGCUAGAGCAGCUCCACCUGGUACAUCUAUGACCGACGAAGGAAAAGAAGCGAGAGGCCUAGUUGACAAGGCCAAGUCUCUUGUUUCGGGAUUCAGGAAAAGUACGAGCGAGAAAGUUGAAAUUGCUACAGCAGACGUAAAUCGAUUGCAAGAGAAUUACGUAGCCUCCAAGAAGGCGUUAGAUUCCGGUGGGGAAGCCAACCACAAGAAAUUGGCUACGAAUGCUGAACGUAUCAACACCGAGUUGACACAGAAGGAGGCAAAAUUACGUAAGCUAGAGAUCAAGCAAGCCGAAGAGGAUGUCAAGAAGGCUGUCAAAGAGAAUAAAAAGGCAAUGAAGGCACUCAAAACAAUCUGGAAGGCUUGGGAUGCUGCGCACAAGAGGCGAUACUUUUUUAAAAAGUAUCUAACGGAUGCUAGGUCGAAGAAAGCCCUUCGAAAAGAGAAGGAAUAUUUGGAAGGGGAGAUUAAUUAUCUCAGAACCAGCCUUGGCAAAACACUUGUAACCAAUGCGGAGAGACGUGAUACUAACAUUGAGCAUGCGAUAGAUGGUGCAUAUCGUUACAUGAAGAAUGGACAUCCGGACGACCUGCCACCUGAAACUGUUUUAGCGAAUCUUGAGGUGCGUAAAAAGGAGCUCGAGGCAAUAUUGGUGCGCCACAAUAAGAUAGCACGUGAUGAUUUUAAGCAGAAGAUCGACAAACAUGCCGAGAAACUCGAUAUGGUCAACAAGAAGAUCGAAAGAGUUGGAAGGUACGAGUCCAACGCAAUCAAGAAAGCAGACAAGGAAACCAAGGAAACCAAGGAAACCAUGAAAAAAGAUUUAAUUACCAAGAAGUCGGAGCAUAUGAAGGCUGCAGAAUCGAACUUAAAACGCCUUAAGCAAGCUGGCACCGCGAAAGAUAGAAAGGAUGAAGCUGCACUUCUGAAGCCGGCAGAAUCUGUCAUUACGAAAGUUGAAGGGGAUGGAUCAGCACUUCGCAAGCCGGCAGAAGCUGCCAGUGCGAAAGAUAGAGGAGGUGUAUCAGCACUUCUGAAUCCGGCAAAAACUAUCAUUGCUAUAAACGCAACAGAUGAAGCAGCACUUCAAAAGCCGGCAGAAACUAUCAUUGCUAUAGGCUUUAGGGAUGAAGCAGCAUUUCUGAAGCCGGCAAGAAUUAUCAUUGCUAUAAACGCAACGGAUGAAGCAGCACCUAAAAAGCCGACAGGAGGCAUCGCCGCGGCGGCCGCGUAG